AUGGAGUAUCAAGAAGAACAAGAAGUUGUUUUGGCACCAAACAGAAGAGGACGUAAAAAGAUAGCUGAUAAAUCUACAUGGAAGAGAGAACUCAAAAAGUCGAAACGACAUAUGCCUAAGGGACUGCCAGUUAUACCACAAUGUGUACAUGGGAAUUCAAAACAAGGAUACAAGUGUAACGAGUUAACGGUUCAAGACUACAGUAAAUUUCAUCGGAAAUUUUAUUUAACUUCAGAUAAAGUCACCCAAGAUACAUUUUUAUUAAAAUACUGUACAGCACAAUCUCCUAAAAAAGAAGGUACGAGAAAAUCCCUGACUAUAGGUUAUUUUAUACCAAAGCACGAAAAUUUGUUGGGAAGACGCCGCGUCAAAUUAAGUAAGGUGUGUCAAAAAGCAAUGACCACAGUUCUGGGAAUCUCUAGGGACAGAAUACAAAGAAUUUGUAAACAGCAUUUAAUGACAAUGGCAAUGCCGAAAGAAAGAAGAGGAGGUGAUAGAAAGUCCAAUCUGUAUUCUGAUCGCACAGAAUCCGUAAAAUCAUAUAUAAAGGGACUUGAAUCUUUGGAAUCACAUUAUGUAAGAGGUAGAUCUACUGUGCAAUAUCUAAGCAGCGAUCUGAAUAUAAAAAAAUUACAUAAGUUUUACAUCGAUGAGGCUCAGAAUGUGCCGGUGAAAUAUGAAUUUUUCCGACGUAUUUUUAACAAGUACUUUAAUUUGAGUUUUAAGUCUCCCGCUACAGACGCAUGUUCUAAAUGCAUUCAAUUAAAAGAAGUUAUUAAAAGAGAACGCGACACAUCAAAAAAACAGCUGCAAAUAGCUCAGCUUCGUAUUCACAAGCUAAAGGCCAAAUGCUUUUACACAAGUCUCAAAACACAAGGUGACCACGAAAUAAUUUUCUCUUUUGAUUGUCAAAAGAAUUUGGUUUUACCAAAAGUGCCAGACCAGAGUGCCUACUUUAGCCGCCAAUUGUAUACCUAUAACUUAACAGUAUGUCAGGGACCGUCUCACGGGGCUCAAAACUCUUCAAACACAUUUAUUUACACGUGGUUAGAGACCGAGGCAAAGAAAGGAUCUAAUCAGAUUGCUUCGGUGGUAUUUCAUCGGCUAAUGAAUACCAAUUUUGAAGACACUGUUUGUCAUGUUAAAUUAUUUUGCGACGGUUGUGGAGGGCAAAAUAAAAACUCAAUCGUUUUGGGAAUGUUAGCAUAUUGGCUAAAGACAAAAGCUCCACGUCAUAUCAAGAAAGUUACGCUGAUAUUCCCUGUAGUGGGGCAUUCAUUUUUGCCCCCCGACCGUGUAUUUGGAAAUAUCGAAAGAGAAAUACGUCCUUUAGACGUCAUAGUGGAACCACAAACAUAUUUUGAUAUUUUUAAAAAAUAUGGAACUGUUCUCAGACUAGGCAGACUUUCAUUUUCAUGA